CUAACUCAACCUGGAGGACAAGACGCAGUGACACCUCUUGAGUCUACAGAAGGCCAAUGGGUUUCUGGUAUAACAAACAAUAUUCCUAGAGGAUCAGACAACCUUAUACCAAUUGAAGUGGUUCAAUGUAAA